AAAAAAUCCCUAAGCUUUUUUUUUAUUGCAUGCUUGGGUGGGCCCAGUUUUACUUUUGGUUGAAUCUCCUUUUUUGAGCAUAUUUAUAACCUCCUCUCUUUUUUUGCUUUUGCUCUUAUUUUCUUUUUCUUCCUUUAUUUUCUAUUUGGUCAUUAUCAUUUAUACAGCUUUUUUUUUUCCUUUUUUUUUAUCCUUUCCUCUUUUUUUUUUAUUCUUCUUCCUUUCUCCAGAAAACCCUAAAAAAAUAAGAGCCUACGCAUUAUUCACAACUAAGCACUAAAAACUACUUCUUCACACAUAUCAUGGCUUGUUCAUCCGUUAUGUUACCUAAUUCACCAUUUACCUCAUCGUCAUCCUCUGCCGUCAGCAGCAAGCCAAAGACCAGUGCUUGUACUUCCCUUCCCACGACAACAGUGGUGCUCCCUACCCUACCCUCCUCCUCCUCCUCCUCCUCCAAGUCCGCUCAUCCCAAGAAAGAGUCUCUCACCUCGCAACCGUUGCCGUCGUCACCCAAGCAACAGCAAUCCACCCGUUCGAACAAGUCCAGCAACAAAUCCAAUAAAAAGAAGACUGGCUCAUCAUCGAGUUCGGACAGUGAGAGCGGCAAGAGUAAAAAGAAGGACAAGUCAAAGAAGAAAAGUCGCCGUAGUGACCGCACUAAACAAGAACCCGACGGCAUGCAGUCGGAUACUAGUUCCGGUUGUUCGUCGUCCAUGACAACUGAGACUGAGGAUUCUGAUACCGGAAAGAAGAAAUCGCAUUCACGUCGUCAGUCGAAACGCCCCAAGGGUUCUCCCAAGACUUCUUCCCUUCAAGCCGCAUCCGUUCACACCGUUUCAUCUUCCUUGGACUUGAAGAGCAGACAACAACCUUCACCUAGUUCACGUCGUCGGGCCAAUAGCGCUGUGGACCACAUGUAUGCCGGUCCAACGUUUAAUAACGCUCCUGCUCCCAGUACUUUGCCCAUUCCUGCCUUCCGUGAUCCUUUCUCAUCCUCUACUACUUCCUCCUCGAAUUCAUCCUCACCUUCUCCCAUGGUGUCAUCCCGUCCCCGUACUGUCUCCCUUCUCCAUCAUCACCCUGGUUUGGAUUCCCUCAUCUAUUCUGGACCGGCCACCACCACCAGUCCCUCUUUCCAUUCUUCGUCCUCCGGUUCCUCUUUCUCCUCCUCUGCCUCGCUUCAACAUCAAUCCAAGGAUUUGUUGAGUCUCUUGAUGCCUUACUCUUCUCCCUCCACUUCCACUCAUCCCACGCCCUUGUUUCCUUCCAAAAUGGCGACCGCUCCUGAUAUCGAAUCGCAUCAACACCAUCAUCUCACGGAAAUCCAGCGUGGUUUACAAUCGAUGUUGAAUAUUCAAGUGGCCGCCACUUAAAAAAAUGGCACCCACUUCACCUUGACAAGAGGAAGACGUACGAGUUGUUUCGAUAUCUUUUUUAUUUUUUUGGGAAUCCUUUCUUGACUUCACAUGCCAUUUUACCCACCGAAACUUGUCUUGUUCAUUAUUCUUUUGGUUUCUUUUU